CAUUCGUGUAAUAUCUGUGGAAAAACAUAUUCACAAGUUAUCUCCCUUGAACGGCAUUACAAAAGUCACGUAAAUAUCGAAAACCAAUAUACAUGUGAAAGAUGUGGACGUGCCUUUUUAUCAGAAACUGGGUAUAAGACUCACGAAUGUAUCCAAUUUGUAUGUGACGUCUGCUCCUCGGCUUUUCAAACUCAAAAUGAAUUUGAAGAACAUUUCGCGAGACAUGACGAUGUUGAAAAAUGUGAAUUUUGUGGUAAAUGUUUCACAAAUUUAUCUAAAUUAAAACAACACAUCAAAUCCCACCAGCCAGCUGAUUGUCCAAUUUGUGGUAAACAUUUUACUCAUCAUGGUUCAUUAAAACAACACGAGAAAUGUCAUAUUCAUGAAAUCAAAUGUAAAAUUUGCGAUAAACAUUUUAGUUCUGUUAGUAACUUGACACGGCAUGAGAAUAUUCAUCGAGGUGUGAAACCAUAUCAUUGUCAAGAGUGUGGUCAAACAUUCACCCAAAAUAACGAUCUUCUACGUCACUCUAAAAUACAUACAGGAGAACUGGAGUUUAAAUGUGAAAUAUGUCAUCGUUGUUUUAAUCGCCAGAGUACGUUAACAAAACAUCGACGAACCCACACCAACGAAAAGCCAUAUUUUUGUCAGCUGUGUUCAAAAUCGUUCACCAACAGUAGUAGUUUAAGUCGUCAUAUGAAAGGACAUAAUGGAGAAAAAUCAUUCGCGUGUGAUGUUUGUGACAAACGUUUUAUUUCUCGUACUGAUUUGAGUCGUCAUUCUAGAGUCCACGCCCCACGACCUCAUUUUCAAUGUAGUUUCUGUGAGAAAACAUUCCGUACUAUCAAUGACCUUCAGGUUCAUAUUACCCAGCAUUCA